AUGGAUAUACAUUGUAAAGCAGACCCAUUCUCAGCUAUGCACAGUGAUUGUGUGUGUUUUGCAGGGCAUGGGGGUGUGAAUCAGCUGGGAGGAGUGUUUGUGAACGGCAGGCCCCUUCCUGACGUGGUGAGACAGCGCAUCGUAGAACUUGCACACCAGGGAGUCAGACCCUGUGACAUCUCUCGGCAACUGCGGGUCAGCCACGGCUGUGUCAGCAAGAUACUGGGCAGAUACUAUGAAACGGGCAGCAUCAAGCCCGGAGUCAUCGGCGGCUCGAAGCCGAAAGUCGCGACGCCGAAAGUGGUCGAUAAAAUCGCGGAGUACAAGCGCCAGAACCCCACUAUGUUCGCGUGGGAGAUCCGGGACCGACUAUUGGCCGAGGGGAUCUGUGACAAUGACAGUGUGCCCAGUGUCAGUUCCAUCAACAGGAUCAUUCGGACCAAAGUGCAGCAGCCUUUUCAUCCCUCACCGGAUGGACCCGCCACAGCAGUCACUGCACCAGGCCACACAAUAGUCCCAAGCACAAACUCUCCGCCUGUGUCCUCAGCAUCCAACGAUCCCGUGGGAUCGUACUCCAUCAACGGCAUUCUGGGCAUUCCACGAUCGAAUGGCGAGGCCAAGAGGAAACGAGAUGAAGAUACCCAGGAUGCCUCCGGGCCAAAUGGUGAUUCUCAGGGAACUGCGGAGAGCGUACGGAAGCAGCUGCGGAGUGAAGCGUUUGCCCAGCAGCAGUUGGAGGCUCUGGAACGCGUCUUUGAGCGGCAACACUAUUCAGACGUCUUCAACGCUGGCGAACAUAUCAAAUCAGAACAGGCUAAUGAAUAUUCCCUCUCUGCCCUGGCCUCUGGAUUGGAAGAUGUCAAAAGCAGCCUCUCAGCCGCAGCCACUCCUGACCUUGGGACCAACGUUUCAGGACCCCAGAGCUAUCCUGUUGUGACAGGCCGUGAUAUGGCAAGUACAACUUUACCUGGGUACCCUCCACAUGUCCCACCGACUGGGCAGGGCAGCUACUCCACCUCCACACUGGCUGGCAUGGUACCAGGCAGUGAAUUUUCGGGAAACCCUUACACUCAUCCACAAUACACAACCUACAAUGAAGCCUGGCGUUUCACUAACCCGGGAUUACUAAGUUCCCCUUAUUAUUAUAGUGCCGCAUCCAGGGGUGCUGCACCCCCCACUGCUGCCACUGCCUAUGACCGCCACUAGUUACUAUGGCAACCACAUGAAACUGCAAGAUGAAUCUCCCGGGCUCCACAUUGUACC